AUGCUGAAUGAAGAUUACUUCGCUGAGGAUCUUCCUGGGAAUAAAAGGAAGAAGCACACACGAAGCGAAUCUGUCCAAUUGGGGUAUGCAUCUGACUCUGAAGAUAAUGGCCAAGGUGACCUGGAUGAAGAGAUCGAUGAUGAGUCCGACGAGUUACUGAAAAGCGACCAGGAAAAAGAAAAAGAAGACAUCAGUGAUGAUGACAUGUUUGCCAGUGACAAUGAGGAAGUUAAUGAGAAGAAGAAGUCCAAAACCUUGGAUAUGGACAAGUUUGAGCAGGAACAGGGCCUAGGUGAAUACGAUGAGCAGAAUGUUGCAGCCACAGAGGAAAAUCAACCAUUUGCAGACCCAGAAGAAGAACAGGAACUCAUAGAUUACCACAAUAAUAUUGAGGACUUCAAUGGAGAAGAUAUAUCUCGUCCCAAACAGGAAUUGGCUUUGGAGGCAUUCAAUUUGCGAGAAGAGGUUGAAGAGGGAGAAUUUGAUAAAAACAUGAACUAUAUCAGGAAAAAGACAAGCGACGAUGAAAAUGAUGAGGAUGCCUGGAUGUCAAACAUCAAGAAAAUUGAUAUCGAGAAAGCCAGGGCUGCCCAAUUAAGGCGACAAAACAAGGUCGUUAGUACCGUUGCAGUGUCUACUGAGACGCUAAUUGUGGCCGUUUUAGAUAUUCUAGAACCGGCAGAAACGCCAAUGGAAGCUCUAUCACGGCUCCGGCCAUGUAAAUCUCGACGGGGGAAUAAACUGAAGAAGGUAUCUGGGCCUGAAGAUUUGGCGAGAAAGCAAACAGUGUUCAACUUAACAGAGAGUUGUGAGCGUCUCAUGAAUGAGAAAGGAGUCUCGCAGAUUUAUGAUAUGACAAAAGAGGAGCUAAUGAGAGUGUAUAAGCGAGAGACUGGUGAAGAUUAUCGUGGAAAUCUACGGAAGCGACAGCUCGAGGAAGAUGAAGCAGGGGAGGAUGAACUAGAGAAGGAAAAGGCAAGAGAAGUUCGAGGAGCCGAUGCCAAAUGGGAGUAUCGUUGGCUAGACGAGGAGAGUGUCUGGCAUGGACCACACACCAGUUACGAGAUGAAGUACUGGAAGGACAACUACUUUGAGAACAAUGUGGAGGUUCGAAGAGUUGGUGAACACCAAGUCCAACAUAUCUCAGAAGCUGAAUUUCCCAACGACAUUGAUUAUAGGACAUAA